GAGGAGGCAGCCCGAAGGGAGGAGCUUAGGCGGGAUUUUGGCUGCUGCUCCUGCUACAACCUCGGGGGCCUCAGUCUUAAGGGGCAGGCCUUGCUAACUUCUUCAGGUCUGGACCAUCUUGUGGACAAAUGGCUCAAUCUUCAAUUACUUCCUUCAGAACCUGAAGAUAUUGUGUCUUCCCUAAACCUCGAUUGUCAGCUUCAAUGUGCUUUCCAAAGAAAAAGAAAACCCAGUUCUUUCUUACCAUUCCUGGAGACCUCUUUCGGCUGGAUCCUGCUAAUACAUUAACCGUGAAACUUUGAAGAGUUAUAAUUUUCUUUGUAUCCCUUGACUCGCUGUACAGUUCCUGGCCAGUCUUUUGAAAUCUUCCUUUGUGAUCUGUGCCAUCGAGUUAAUGGGUGUCGCUUCUUACUCCUUGCCACUAGCCACUCUGGGCACCGUUGAUUGGCCACGUUAAUGUUGAGUGUGUUGUGUUUCAAAGUGUUAAGGAAGAUGCAGAGACGACACAGCAGCAUCACUGAUAGCCUUCCUCCUGAAAGAAGCCGGAGUCAGACCAUCAGCUCUGAGACGAGUGUGGACGAAGGUGGUGUUUUUGAAAGUCUCAAGACUGAACCUCCUUCUCCUCAGCAGCUCUUUUCAGGACUGGGGGGCAUCCCAUCGGGCACAAUCACAGCCACCCCUUUCCAGUCGAGUUUGGUCCUCGGAUCCUCGGUAGGCGGUGGGGAGGUGUUCAUUCAGAUGCCAACCUCGCGGGAAGAAGGGGCCAGCCGCUCAGAAGGAGUGCCUUACCACCACCGGCCACAGUCUCACCACUACCACCACAGCCACCAGCGGGGAUCCUCACUGCUGCACAUGGCUGGGAGUGACCGCCAUGGACACACUGAGGAAGGUGCCGAGGACCAGCCUGGGACUCCAGCCCCUGCACUUUCAGAAUUGAAGGCCGUGAUCUCCUGGCUGCAGAAGGGGCUCCCCUUCAUUAUGAUUCUUUUGGCUAAAGUUUGUUUCCAGCAUAAGCUAGGAAUUGCUCUGUGUAUCGGCAUGGCCAGCACAUUUGCAUAUGCAAACUCGACUCUACGAGAACAAGUCUCCUUGAAGGAAAAGAGAUCAGUGCUGGUGGUUUUCUGGAUCUUGGCCUUCCUUGCAGGGAACACCUUGUACCUGCUGUAUACAUUCAGCUCGCAGCAGUUGUACAACAGCCUCAUCUUCCUGAAACCCAACCUGGAUAAGCUGGAUUUCUUUGACCUGAUGUGGAUUGUGGGGAUAACUGACUUUGUACUCAAAUACCUUACAAUUGCCUUGAAAUGCCUGGUCGUUGCUCUGCCAAAAAUUGUCCUUGCCGUCAAAUCAAAGGGGAAGUUCUAUUUGGUCAUUGAAGAACUGAGCCAGCUGUUCCGUUCCCUCGUCCCCAUCCAGCUGUGGUACAAAUACAUCAUGGGAGAUGAUCCAUCCAGCAGCUAUUUCCUUGGGGGUAUUCUCCUUAUCUUGUACAGCCUCUGCAAAUCUUUUGACAUCUGUGGUCGUGUGGGAAGUGUAAGGAAAGCCUUGAAGGUCCUGUGCACUCCUCAGAACUAUGGAGUCCGUGCGACUAGCCAGCAGUGCAGUGAGGCCGGGGACAUCUGUGCCAUCUGCCAGGCUGAGUUCAGGGAACCGCUGAUCCUCUUGUGCCAGCAUGUGUUUUGUGAAGAGUGCCUCUGCCUUUGGUUUGACCGGGAGAAGACCUGCCCACUCUGCCGUUCAGUGGCCGUGGAAACUGUGCGCUGCUGGAAAGAUGGCACCACUUCGGCUCAUUUCCAGGUUUAUUAACUUCUGGACUGCUCCGGAAAGUAAAAUGGGCUGGAGAGAUUCUCAUCAAGUCUGCUCCUAGCCAGUCUUACUCAGAGCUUCAGUGAAGAUACCAGACAGUCACAUUGCAUCCCUCUUAAGAGUCGUUUUAUACAUUCACCUUACACUGUGGUUAGCAUCACACGUGUAUUCCUCCCCUGAUAUAAAUGUAUUUAUGUUUAUUGUAUUUCUGUACCUCUUAACCUUGCGAUUCAAAGCAGCCCCUAUGCUAAUAGAUGUGCCUGUUCCCUUAGUCUUUUAUUGUUUUGUUCUCUUGUCUGUUGUUUUGUUCUAUUUGUCAAUCGAAGCCUGUUCUGACUCCCUUUCAGCUUUUCUCUUCAAUUUUAGUCCUUUCCUCAAUUCUCAUUGUGCUCCUUUCUUCCUCUCUCUGAUUUAAAGAUGGCUGUAUCCAGGGCUUUUUUUGUAGCAGGAACUCCUUUGCAUAUUAGGCCCACACCCCUAUUAGCCAAUCCUCCAAGAGUUUACAGGGCUUUUAUUACAGGGCCUACUGUAAGCUCCUGGAGGAUUGGCUACAUCAGGGGUGUGUGGCCUAAUAUGCAAAGGAGUUUCUGCUACAAAAAUAGCCCUGGCCGAAUCACCUUAAAGGCAGAGAACAGAGGGGAGCAACCCUCCCAAAGAUCUGUUGUAGGCAAAGAGUGUAAAUAAACAAAAAAACCUCUGGUAAA